CGUGGCCGUGGCCGUCGACGCCUCGCGGGAAACAUGGCCAGUUCCUGCCUCUCCACCGCCGCGGCGCAGCUCCAGCUGCAGCUGCAGCUCCAUCUCGCGUCGUCACCAGUGUUCCCGCGCCCAGCGCGCGCGCACCACCGGCUCGUCGCCGCGCACGCCGUUGCGGUGCCCGUACAUCGGAGGCGCGCGCUCGCGGUCACCGCGAGCGCGUCGCAGGAGGAGGCCGAGGCCACGGUUGUCGAGGAGGAAUUGGAGGAGGUCGCGGAGCGAGGCAGAGAGGUACAGUUGCAAGAACAAGACGAAGUUCAGGAGGAAGGUGCAGCCGUCGGGGCUAGCUCGGACGACAGCGGCCCGUCGGUGGCCGCGAGCACCACGACCACCAAGCUCUACUUCGGGAACCUGCCGUACAACUGCGACAGCGCGCAGCUUGCCGGCAUUGUGCAGGAGUACGCCAGCCCGGAGAUGGUCGAGGUGCUGUACGAUCGUACGACGGGCAGAAGCCGAGGGUUCGCCUUCGUGACGAUGACCACGGUUCAGGACUGCGAGUUGGUCAUCAAGAACCUCGACGGCAGCCUGUACGGUGGCCGGACGAUGAAGGUGAACUUCGCCGACCGGCCCAAGCCCAAGCAGGCGCUGUACCCGGAGACGGAGCACAAGCUGUUCGUCGGCAACCUGUCGUGGACGGUCACGUCGGAGAUGCUCACGGAGGCGUUCGGCCGCUGCGGCACCGUGGUCGGCGCGAGGGUGCUCUACGACGGCGAGACCGGCCGCUCCAGGGGCUACGGCUUCGUCUGCUACUCCACCAGGGAGGAGAUGGACGAGGCGCUUUCCUCGCUCAACGGAAUGGAAAUGGAAGGCAGGGAGAUGAGGGUCAACUUGGCCCUCGGAAAGAAGUAACAGAGUUCAGAUAUGUGGAGGAAGUUGCAAUUGGUAUGUGAUGGAUGCCUAUGCGAUGCAACCGAGACGACGACGCUUGCUCAUCUCAUCCGGAGCACAUACGAGGAGAGCAGAGAGCAGGAAAAGGAAAAGGAAACGGAAACCUUCCUGAUCUAGCAUAGCAUGGGAGUGUCAUUGCCAUCUGGUGUGUGUUUAGCAAAUAUAUACGGUUCAUACAGUGCGAAUUGUGAUUCUGGCGAGAUUAGGAUGCUGAUUCCUCCGAUCAUUGGAGCACAGUUUUGGCUUGAUCCAUGCACAUUCGAAGCUGCUGUUACUGAAAGAGUUGACAGGCCGUAUGUUUGGUACAACUUUUUUUAUGAGAAUAUGGAUUUGUGGAU